AUGAAUCAAAAUGCAGGUAUCCAGGAUGUAAAUCUAGAGCAGUCAUGUACUCAAAAUGCAGGUAUCCAGGAUGUAAAUCUAGAGCAGUCAUGUGCUCAAAAUGCAGGUAUCCAGGAUGUAAAUCUAGAGCAGUCAUGUGCUCAAAAUGCAGGUAUCCAGGAUGUAAAUUUAGAUCAGUCAAGUGCUCAAAAUGCAGGUAUCCAGGAUGUAAAUCUAGAGCAGUCAUGUGCUCAAAAUGCAGGUAUCCAGGAUGUAAAUCUAGAGCAGUCAUGUGCUCAAAAUGCAGGUAUCCAGGAUGUAAAUCUAGAGCAGUCAUGUGCUCAAAAUGCAGGUAUCCAGGAUGUAAAUCUAGAGCAGUCAAGUGCUCAAAAUGCAGCCUUAGAAUAG